AUGAUAGCUAUUCUCACAACUGCUAGACUGGUAUUCAAGGACUCAGCUGCCCGGCAAAGGGCCAUCGACGCAUUCCACAAGAUCAUCGAGUUCACAACACCUCACGAGCCGGAGGUGUUGCAAUACGCAAACCAAGCAGCAAGUGACGCGCACCUGACUACCAAGCCUGUACAAGAUCUCAUACAACUCUUCACCACCGGAGAUGUCCUUGCUCUGCCACCAGAAGUCCAUAACUGCCCGAUUAUCACCAGGAAAACAUCAUCACCAGUACCGAUCUCAUCAAGUCCGGCCAUUGUUCUCAUGAACAUUCCCUCCAAACCGGACGCAUCCUCCACCAAAGAGGCCGAAAAGUGGAGCGAGCUGUCGCAGAUCGUGAUGAAGAGUGCGAAAGGCGUAAAAUCAUUUACAGUCGUCGCAGACAGAGAAGUAAAGAGCACGCGUGUGGAAUGCGUACUGCAGAGUUGGGAUUCGUUCGCUGCAUUCCAGGAGUUCAUGGUCGAUGGGCGGAGAGAUGGGGCGGGUUUGAUGAAGAUCAGGCCAGUUGAUGGCUUUGUUGGACGUGAUAGUUCGAGCAAGUUGUGA